AUGCCGCUUUCUGAUCGCAAAUUUACAUGGUUCAGGGGACGGUCUUGUAGCCGGAUAGAUAGGGCUCUGCUGAGUUUAGAGUGUUUACAAGAGUUCCCAGAGUCUCGGCUUCGAGGUGGGCCGAGGGGCUUGUCAGACCAUUGCCCUAUAAUACUUGAGGACAGGAAGUUGUCGUUUGGUCCAAAGCCGUUCAGAAGCCUGGACUCGUGGUUCACACAUGAGGGUUUCCUCAGAAUGGUGAAGGAGGAGUGGAGAGAUCUGGGGGACAAACCUUUCACAAAUAAAUUUAAGGCUUUGACUGUUCCACUGGGGAGAUGGCAUAAGGACAAUUUUAGUGAGAUGGACAAAAAGAUUGCAAAAUUUGAGGAAGAAAUCAAGAGACUUGAUGAUAUGAUAAGUAAUGGAGUGUAUGAUGGAAUAAUGGAGGCUAGAAGAAAGGCACUGGUCACUUGCUGUGAGAGAUGGUAUGUGAGAAAAGAGGUACAUGGGAAACAGAUGUCUCGGUCUCGGCAUGCAAAGGAUAUGGACAAAAAUACAAGGUACUUCCACAAUAUAGCAUCAGCAAGAAGGCGGAAUAAUUGGAUUGAUGCACUGGUAAUUAAUGGCAGAAGGGUCCGGAACCAAGCUAGAAUAAAGAUUGCUAUCAGAGAAUUCUACAAAGAUUUAUAUCAUCAAGAACGGUCUCCCAAGGUGAGCUUCAGGGAUGGGUUGGUGGAGAAAAUAGACGAGCAAGAUGCUGGGACUUUAGAAGUGCUACCAUCGGCUGAGGAAAUCCGAGAGGCUGUAUGGGACUGCGAGUCAUCUAAGGCAUCAGGGUGUGAUGGGUACAACUUGAAUUUUAUCAAGAGAUGUUGGGAUGAAAUUGGGGCAGAGUUCACGGCAGCAGUAAUGGAGUUCUUUCAGACGUACAAGCUACCAGCGGAUUCCAAUAUCACUUGA